AUGUCGACAUCUGAAGAAGGGCCCUCGGUGUGUCCUGAUCUGAGCAAGGUCCACGAGCCUCUUGGAGCUUUGUUUGCACCAGUGAAAGACCCUGAAGGCUGGAGACAGUUCCGUCUCACGCAGGACCAGGUGGAUCGGUUUUGGCAAGAUGGCUACCUCACCAACAUCCAAGUUCUGUCUAACCAACAAUGUGAUAAGAUACUUCUAGACUACCAGAGACUUGUUAAUGAGGCGGACUCCUUCCCAGGUAUUGAUAUGAUGUAUGAAUUCCACAGCAACCAAUCCAAAGAUCCAGGAAAUGUCCUCCUACAUUGUCUCGGUCAUUGGAGACUAACGCCAAGCUUCCAUGAUGUCUGCUUCUUGCCUGCAAUCGCCGUGCCAGCAUCUCAGCUCCUUGACCCGAAGAAAGAAAGGAAAGUCAGACUGUGGCAUGACCAGCUCUUUGCCAAACCUCCACUGCAAGGAGGAAAUGUGGCUUGGCAUCAAGAUUUUUCCUACUGGACUAGGACUACACCCAUGGCGCAUCUGACCGUCCACAUGGCUCUUGAUUCACAGACGCUGGACAAUGGUGGCCUACAUUACAUCCCAGGAUCUCACAGGUGGACAAGGCAUGGGGGACCUCUCCCAGUUACAGAUUUUGACUUCAAAGAUAUGGAAUCCAUACAGACAAUCUUGACUGAUGAAGAGAAAGCCAACUUCAAACCAGUUCAUGCCAAUCUGAAGAAAGGAGAGGCGAGCAUCCAUCAUCCUCUAACAGUACAUGGUUCCUGGGCCAACAGGUCUGAGUUUUCUCGACGUGCCUGUGUAGUGAACUACAUCGCGGACGGAGUAUGUAGCAACAGUGAGGAGCCUCUCUUGCAAGGAACUACCAAGUUUAAAAAGGGUGACAAGAUGGAGGGGCAGUUCCACCCACUGGUUUAUGACCCAGCCUGGUCAAGGUCUUGAGAUGGGGGUCUGGUGUGGUUUGAUGUUCCUUUAAAGGGA